UGUUGGCCUUAGCGUCAGGACUGUUUCACGCUGGAAAGGAGUUGACGCGUGCACUUGACGUUUAGCCCGCAUCGGGAGGAACUUGACAAGUUAUAGCGCCGUUGUUCCCCAGAGCUAGACAAAGGUCAUGAUGAUCCAACUUUUGAAACUUCUCCUGGGUACCGGAUUGGCUGCUGUUGUCAUCCUGUUUACGAUCGCGUCCAUCCGAACGCUGUCACUGGACGUCAAUGCGGGAGUUGAACUGGGCCGCUGGCCGACGCCGAGGGAGUCCAUCUCGCUCGAUAUCGACCAGCGGAGACGAGAAGAACUCCUGACUCGCUUUCAAGAGGCCAUUCGGAUCCCCACCGUGUCCUUCUCGGCCACGGAGCGCAACACCACUGCACUGCUGCACUUCAACUCGUUUCUGCGAAGAGCCUUCCCAACACUCUUCACCUCCAGCUCGGUCCAUCACCAAGUGGUGGCCAACUACAGCCACCUGUUUUGGGUGCCGGGAUCGCAGCCCGACCUGGCGCCCUACCUGCUGUUGGCUCAUAUCGACGUGGUGCCUGCCACCGAGUCGGACGGCUGGUUGGCUCCGCCUUUUUCUGCCCAGGAGAGAGACGGUUUCAUCUACGGCCGAGGGACCAUCGACGACAAGGGCUCCUUGAUGGGUAUUCUGCAGGCCCUGGAAUACUUGCUAAUGAAAGGCUACGCACCGCGGCGAGGAUUUUACAUCGGUCUGGGCCACGACGAAGAAGUCGGCGGUCAGCAGGGAGCCCAGACCAUGGCGCGACUGCUGAAGCGGCGUAACGUGCGCCUGUCCUUUGUCCUGGAUGAGGGUCUGGCCGUGCUGGACGGCGUCAUCGGCGGGCUCCGGGGCCCCGCCGCUUUGAUCGGCGUGAGUGAGAAGGGGCUGGCCAGCGUCAGGCUGAGCGUGUCCACGCUUCCCGGCCACGCCUCCAUGCCUUCCAGGCAGAGCAGCAUCGGGAUCUUGGCCGCCGCAGUUCAAAGACUCGAGGACAACCCCAUGCCCAUGUUGUUUGGUUCUGGACCUGAACGGCAAACCUUUGAACACCUGGCUCACAAGUUUGGGCUGCCCUUGAGGUUCAUCCUGUCAAAUUUGUGGCUUUUUUCUCCACUUGUUGGCAGGUUUCUUGAACAAAAGCCAGAUUCCAAUGCCUUUGUACGGACGACGACCGCAGUCACAAUCUUCAAGGCGGGUGUAAAGUCCAACAUCAUGCCUUCCAUGGCCGAAGCCCACGUGAAUCUACGAAUCCACUCGGCGCAGUCUUUACGAGAGGUCCUGGACCUCAUCCGCUCGACAGUCGGCGACCCCCGCGUCGAGGUGGAGCUCAUCGAGGGCUUCGAUCCGCUGCCCGUCAGCUCGUUCGACGAGAAAUCCUUUGGCUUCCAGAUGGUCAAGAAAAGCAUCUUGGACCUGUUUCCCACCGUCGCGGUGGCUCCAGGCAUCUGUGUGGGGAACACGGACAGUCGACACUUCAAAGAUCUGAGCGACGACAUUUACCGCUUCGCCCCUUUGUGGUUCAAACCGGGCGAUGCCGAGAGGUUUCACGGCAUCGACGAAAGGAUUUCCCAGAAGAACUACGAGGAGCUUGUCGUCUUCUACUCCAGACUGAUCCAAAACGCCGACAUUGGCGAGCUUCCUGAGCCUCACGCUUCCAGCCAUGAACUCUAGACCGCAACAACAGCCUUGUGCGCGUUUUCAAAAAUCAAAGGCAGGCCAGCCGGGGAGACGUGGUAACCACCAGCGCUCAAUUUCACAGACUCUCUCUCUCUCGCUCUCUCAAACAAGUGGGAAGUUGCAAGAAAUACUCUUUUGGUCAAGUCACAACGUCGUUGCCGGCCGCCGAGCACUGGGACGUUGUCAAAAAAUGGAAAUGAAGGCGCUGCGGUCAGACGCGUUUUAUUGAAUUGCCUUUCACACAAUACAGAAACCCUGACGAUCAAGGCCCGCAACAGCAGUGAGUGAAGACGCCGUCGACAUGUGCGCGGGUCUUCAGAGAGACAAUCAUAAAUUGUGAUUUGUCUUAGCUAUCAUUUUGUCCCCAAUUAAAUUCCCCAUUGAUUGUGUUUGACAA